CACGCGCGGAGCUGGGGUGACGGAAAGAGGUACUAGGGCAAUUUGGGAGCUAUUGGGGAGAAGGCUUUACCAUGAAUUGGAAUAAAGGUGGCCCAAGUGGCAAGCGUGGGUUUGGAUUUGGUGGAUUUGCUAUCUCCACUGGAAAAAAGGAAGAGCCAAAGCUGCCACCUGUUUCACACAGUGCCUUCAGAGCUGCAGGCUCAGCCAGUGGCUCCCAACUACCCUCCUUCUACAAGAUUGGCUCCAAGAGGGCAAAUUUUGACGAUGAAAAUGCGUAUUUUGAUGAUGAGGAGGAAGAUUCCAGUAAUGUAGAUUUGCCAUACAUCCCAGCAGAAAAUUCUCCCACCAGACAGCAGUUCCGCUCCAAAACCAAUGACUCUGACAGUGAAGAAGAUCCGCUCGAUGCUUUCAUGGCGGAAGUGGAGGAUCAAGCUGCCAAAGAUAUGAGGAAACUGGAAGAAAAAGACAAAGAAAAGAAUGUCAGGGGCAUCCGAGACGAUAUUGAGGAAGAAGAUGAUCAGGAAGCAUACUUUCGAUUCAUGGCAGAGAAUCCAACUGCUGGCCUAGCUCCAGAGGAGGAAGAAGAUAACUUAGAAUAUGACAGUGAUGGGAAUCCAAUUGCAACCACCAAGCGCAUCAUUGACCCUCUGCCUCCCAUGGACCACUCAGAGAUUGAUUAUCCACCAUUUGAAAAGAAUUUUUUUGAGGAGCAUGAAGAGAUCACUUCUCUGACACCACAGCAGAUUGUGGAUUUGAGAAAUAAACUGAAUCUGCGGGUUUCUGGGGCAGCUCCUCCAAGGCCUGCCAGUAGCUUUGCUCACUUUGGUUUCGAUGAGCAGCUGAUGCACCAGAUUAGAAAGUCUGAGUAUACACAACCAACACCAAUUCAGUGCCAGGGUGUUCCAGUGGCACUGAGUGGUCGAGACAUGAUUGGAAUUGCCAAGACGGGUAGUGGUAAAACGGCUGCAUUUAUCUGGCCAAUGCUGGUGCACAUAAUGGAUCAGAAGGAACUUCAGCCUGGAGAUGGGCCCAUUGCUGUUAUUGUAUGCCCAACCCGAGAGCUGUGUCAGCAGAUCCAUACUGAAUGUAAACGCUUUGGAAAGGCCUACAAUCUGCGUUCUGUUGCGGUAUAUGGAGGGGGCAGCAUGUGGGAGCAAGCCAAAGCUCUUCAAGAAGGAGCGGAAAUUGUGGUGUGCACUCCAGGUCGCCUUAUUGAUCAUGUAAAGAAGAAGGCCACAAACCUUCAGCGUGUCACAUAUCUGGUGUUUGAUGAGGCAGAUCGCAUGUUUGAUAUGGGCUUUGAAUACCAGGUUCGUUCCAUUGCAAACCAUGUAAGACCAGACAGACAGACGCUCUUAUUCAGUGCUACCUUCCGCAAGAAGAUUGAGAAACUAGCAAGAGAUAUCCUGAUUGAUCCAAUCCGAGUGGUUCAGGGUGAUGUUGGGGAGGCUAAUGAGGACAUCAUGCAGGUUGUCGAGAUACUUUCAAAUGGCCCAGAUAAGUGGACAUGGCUAACUCGGAGACUUGUGGAGUUCACGUCAACAGGCAGUGUCAUUCUCUUUGUCACCAAAAAAGCCAAUGCAGAAGAGCUUGCAAGCAAUUUGCGUCUUGAGGACCACUCCUUAGGCCUUCUUCAUGGAGAUAUGGAUCAAAGUGAGAGGAACAAGGUUAUCUCCGACUUUAAGAAAAAGGCCAUCCCUAUCUUGGUGGCUACAGAUGUGGCAGCUCGUGGCUUGGACAUCCCUUCAAUCAAAACGGUUAUUAACUAUGACGUGGCACGAGAUAUUGACACUCAUACACAUCGUAUUGGUCGCACAGGCCGUGCUGGUGAAAAGGGUGUGGCCUACACUCUAUUAACAACAAAGGAAAGUAACUUUGCAGGUGACCUUGUGAGGAAUCUGGAGGGUGCCAACCAGUAUGUGUCUAAGGAACUUCUGGAUUUGGCCAUGCAGAAUUCCUGGUUCCGCAAAUCCCGCUUUAAGGCUGGGAAGGGAAAAAAGCUGAACAUUGGAGGAGGAGGCCUAGGAUACCGGGAGAGGCCUGGACUGGGAGCAGAAAACUCGGAGCGUGGUAAGAGUGGAAAUGUGAUGAGCAAUUACGAGGCCUUUAAACCAUCAAGUGGUGCCAUGGGUGACAGAUUAUCUUCCAUGAAAGCUGCAUUCCAGUCUCAAUACAAGAAUCAUUUUGUAGCUGCCAGUUUGAAUACCCAGAAAACUGGAACUUCUACAAUAAACUCAGGAGCCUGGACAAGUGCCGGCAGCUUAAGCUCUGUGCCAAGUGCUAAUCCACAAACUGUAUCCCCCCCAGUAGAAGCUUCUCCACCUUCUUUUCAAAGAGUCAUGUCAGGGUUUACCAGCAGUGGUGUGUUGAGCAGCAUUCCACUCACAUCUACCCAGGUGGGCAUUGUCAGCAUCCCUUCAGCCACUCCAUUUGGAAUCAAGGAGGAAACAAGUGGAAGUAGAGAGAGUGGGGUUGGGCGGGAUAAAUACAGUGAGGGAAGAGGAAGGCAUGGGGAGGGACAUCGCCACAAUGAUCGGGAAGGGCAUCGACAUGGAGAAGGACAUAGGCACUCCAGCAGCGGGCGUCAUGGAGAGGGCAGGAGUGGGUAUUCUGACAACCGAAAUGGAGGAGAUGGCAAAAGAGAGAGUGGAGGUGAUGGUAGAAGAGACUCUGGAGAUGGAAGGAGAGAGAGUUCACGAGAUGGAGAGGGGAGGAGAGAAAGCUCUCGAGAUGGAGAUGGAAGAAAAGAUGGUUUUCGAGAAGAUGGACGGAAAGAUAGACAUUCUCCUCAAUCUCGGGAGGGAAGAGAGAGCCCACGAGAAGAUGAAGAUUCCAAGAGUCCAGGUGCUCAGGAGAUGAAAAGUGACAGCUUUGUAGUUCCUGAACCACCUAAACGUAAGAAGAGUCGAUGGGACAGUUAGAUACAAGCUCCUCGACGGUUGCUGUUUGUUUUUUUGUUUUUUUUUACUCUUUAUGCUGUUAGAUGAACCUUUAAGUGAGUUGAUGGGUCCACUAUCGGCAAAAAGAAAACUUUUUUUAAUUUUUUUUGUCAACUGUGACAAGACAGAUUGAAUAAUGUUUUGUUUAUAACCGCUUCUAUGCCUGCUUGCUUGUUUAUGUAGAGAGAGUAAUUGCAGCGCACAUCAGUCUAAAUACACAAAAGCAAGAGCUUGUAUCUACAGUUGUGUUAAAAAAAAAAAAAAAGGAUCUUGUGUUAAAUUGCUGUCUAUCCGCCUCAUCUGGAUUUUUUCCAAGCUGUGUGUGCUUAGAAAGUGUAUUUCUGUACAUAGAAAGUAUUGUUUUUAACUUCUUUCUUCCUGUAAUGUUGAGUAAGUGAACAUUAAAAUAAUACCUUGUUUUUGA